GCCUGCUGGGCAGCCGGACCCGACGGGACAAGGGAGGCAGCUUCCAUGGAGCGAGAGGAAUGCCAGGACCCUGCCCAGACAGACGUGGGCCAGCCUCAGCACCGACAGCCAGCACGCAGAUAGCAGAACCGUCCACGGGGUUGAACCAUGAUUCCAGUGACAGAGCUCCGCUACUUUGCGGACACGCAGCCAGCCUACCGGAUCCUGAAGCCAUGGUGGGACGUGUUCACCGACUACAUCUCCAUUGUCAUGCUGAUGAUCGCGGUCUUUGGGGGCACACUGCAGGUCACCCAGGACAAGAUGAUCUGCCUGCCUUGUAAGUGGGUCACCAAGGACUCCUGCAACGACUCAUUCCGGGGCUGGGCAGCCCCUGGCCCAGAGCCCCCCUACCCCAACUCCACGGUCCUGCCGACCCCCGGCGCAGGCCCCACGGGCAUCAAGUACGACCUGGACCGGCACCAGUACAACUACGUGGACGCCGUGUGCUACGAGAACCGCCUGCACUGGUUCGCCAAGUACUUCCCCUACCUGGUGCUCCUGCACACGCUCAUCUUCCUGGCCUGCAGCAACUUCUGGUUCAAGUUUCCACGCACGAGCUCGAAGCUGGAGCACUUCGUGUCUAUCCUGCUCAAGUGCUUCGACUCGCCUUGGACCACACGCGCCCUGUCCGAGACGGUGGUGGAAGAGAGCGACCCCAAGCCGGCCUUCAGCAAGAUGAACGGCUCCAUGGACAAGAAGUCGUCGACGGUCAGCGAAGACGUGGAGGCCACCGUGCCCAUGCUGCAGCGGACCAAGUCCCGGAUCGAGCAGGGCAUCGUGGACCGCUCGGAGACGGGCGUGCUGGACAAGAAGGAGGGCGAGCAGGCCAAGGCGCUGUUCGAGAAGGUGAAGAAGUUCCGCACCCACGUGGAGGAGGGGGACAUCGUGUACCGCCUCUACAUGCGGCAGACCAUCAUCAAGGUGGUCAAGUUCAUCCUCAUCAUCUGCUACACCGUCUACUACGUGCACAACAUCAAGUUCGACGUGGACUGCACCGUGGACAUCGAGAGCCUGACGGGCUACCGCACCUACCGCUGUGCCCACCCGCUGGCCACGCUCUUCAAGAUCCUGGCGUCCUUCUACAUCAGCCUGGUCAUCUUCUACGGCCUCAUCUGCAUGUACACGCUGUGGUGGAUGCUGCGGCGCUCCCUCAAGAAGUACUCGUUCGAGUCCAUCCGCGAGGAGAGCAGCUACAGCGACAUCCCCGACGUCAAGAACGACUUCGCCUUCAUGCUCCACCUCAUCGACCAGUACGACCCGCUCUACUCGAAGCGCUUCGCCGUCUUCCUGUCGGAGGUGAGCGAGAACAAGCUGCGGCAGCUGAACCUCAACAACGAGUGGACGCUGGACAAGCUGCGGCAGCGGCUCACCAAGAACGCGCAGGACAAGCUGGAGCUGCACCUGUUCAUGCUCAGCGGCAUCCCCGACACCGUGUUCGACCUGGUGGAGCUGGAGGUGCUGAAGCUGGAGCUGAUCCCGGACGUGACCAUCCCGCCCAGCAUCGCCCAGCUCACGGGCCUCAAGGAGCUGUGGCUGUACCACACGGCGGCCAAGAUCGAGGCGCCCGCCCUGGCCUUCCUGCGCGAGAACCUGCGGGCCCUGCACAUCAAGUUCACGGACAUCAAGGAGAUCCCGCUGUGGAUCUACAGCCUGAAGACCCUGGAGGAGCUGCACCUGAUGGGCAACCUGAGCGCAGAGAACAACCGCUACAUCGUCAUCGACGGGCUGCGCGAGCUCAAGCGCCUCAAGGUGCUGCGGCUCAAGAGCAACCUGAGCAAGCUGCCGCAGGUGGUCACCGACGUGGGCGUGCACCUGCAGAAGCUGUCCAUCAACAACGAGGGCACCAAGCUCAUCGUCCUCAACAGCCUCAAGAAGAUGGUGAACCUGACCGAGCUGGAGCUGAUCCGCUGCGACCUGGAGCGGAUCCCACACUCCAUCUUCAGCCUCCACAACCUGCAGGAGAUCGACCUCAAGGACAACAACCUCAAGACCAUCGAGGAGAUCAUCAGCUUCCAGCACCUGCACCGCCUCACCUGCCUUAAGCUGUGGUACAACCACAUCGCCUACAUCCCCAUCCAGAUCGGCAACCUCACCAACCUCGAGCGCCUCUAUCUGAACCGCAACAAGAUCGAGAAGAUCCCCACCCAGCUCUUCUACUGCCGCAAGCUGCGCUACCUGGACCUCAGCCACAACAACCUGACCUUCCUCCCCGCCGAUAUCGGCCUCCUGCAGAACCUCCAGAACUUGGCGGUCACGGCCAACCGGAUCGAGGCACUGCCCCCGGAACUCUUCCAGUGCCGGAAGCUGCGGGCGCUGCACCUGGGCAACAACGUUCUGCAGUCACUGCCCUCCAGGGUGGGCGAGCUGACCAACCUGACCCAGAUCGAGCUGCGGGGCAACCGGCUGGAGUGUCUGCCCGUGGAGCUGGGCGAGUGCCCGCUGCUCAAGCGCAGCGGCCUGGUGGUGGAGGAGGACCUGUUCAACACGUUGCCACCCGAGGUGAAGGAGCGGCUGUGGAGGGCUGACAAGGAGCAGGCCUGAGCUCUGGCGGACGGCUGAGCACGGGGCCACCGAGGAGCCCUGGGACCCAGGUACCCAGGCACCCAGGGACAACCAGCCAGGUCUCAGCCAGGCCAGGAGCCCAGGGCUGGACGUCGGCUGGGCUGCAGCGACAGGACAGUACCUGAGGGGCUGGCCCCUUUUCUCCUUCGAGACUCAUGCCCCCCAGGGCGGGCGCCUUGUCGGGGAGAUCAGAGACCUAAGUCGUAGAGUGCAGUAUUUGGACAAUCAGGGCCUCUUCCCUGGAGGCCAUCUCUGCCGCCAAAGGCCCAGGGACACCUACUUAGCUCUUGGUAUUUAUUUUUCGCCACUUCCCACCCCUCCCUCCGGAUAACUUCUACAUUCCCAAGAAAGUCCAGCUCAGAUGGGGGAGGUGUUGAAGGAAGGGUGGGCAGUGUCCCUUUUUCUUUUUUUUGGUGAUGCCACCGGCGGUACCCACCCAGACUUGAGCAAAGUGGUCCAGGGAGAACCAGCCGUGGAUAGUCGCCCCCCCCAACCCUUGGUGCGGGGGACGGGCUCUGGCGGUAUGGCCCAGGUGAUGGUAGGCCGCCGGGUAGAAAGGCCAGGCCUGGGGCUUGUUAAUCAGUUUUAGAUUUUUUUUUUUUU